GUAAAUCAACCUGUCCGGAACUCCCCACCUUUAUCUCGUUUUAUUGUCAUUGGUGUAAUACAAUAAUUGGUUAAAAAGGACAGAAACGGAGCACCGGGUAAACAACAGGAAACCCAACUCAAGAAACUUGAAAGCCGAUUUCAUUUCGGACUUUACAGUUUUCGGUUUCAGAAGAGGAGGCUGAAUAUGGAUGACCCAGAAGCCCCACCCCCUCGUUUUUCUCUCUCUAAAGAAGAUGCCUCGGAUACUAUUUCUUAUCCAGCGGUUGUCCCUUUCUGUCUCUUUUUUCCUGUUCGUGCAUGUUUUGGCUUAAAUUUAUUUGUUCGUUUCUUUUUCAGAUUGAUAAGCAGAGGAAGUCUUCUGAGAGCGAGCUGAAGCUUACUCAGAUUUGUGAUAUGUCUCCGGAUCCAAACUUCAGGACUGAACUAGUAGUAUAUGAAAGUUUAAAGGAGUCUAGAAGACGGAAGAGAGCCAUGGUUGAUGAUCUCUAUGAUCAUACCAAAGUUCAUUCGCCUGUAAUAGAACGAGCAGAACAGUUUCGAGCUAACCUUGAAGCUACCUUCCCAAGCUUUUGUAAAGCUUUGGUUAAGUCAAAUGUUACUCAUGGGUUUUGGCUGCAUCUUCCUAUGCGAUUCUGCAAAUCACAUAUGCCAAAGAAUGAUUCAGUAUUUACUCUGGAAAAUGAAAAGGGGGGCGAGCAUAAAGUAAACUAUAUUUCACAAAGGACAGCACUGAGCGGCGGUUGGAAGGCAUUUUGUGAUUCAAAUGGACUAAAUGAGGCUGAUGUUCUAGUUUUUCAUUUGAUUGCACCUUUAAGGUUUAAGGUGUUUAUAGUGAGAGCAAAUGGAUUUCCAAAUGUAAAUGCUGAAGCAGAACCGCUAAAGUCUGUUCCCUUGGAUGUUGAGUUUCAAGCAACAAUACAAAAUCAGAUGGAGAAGGAAAAGAUAUCCAAGAAAAGGGCUAAACGCUUAAAUUCUCGUCGAGGUUCUAUACGAGACAGUAUUCAAAACAGCCGCCUGAUGGCAUUAGAGACCACUAAUGGGCAUGCUAUAGAUCAAUUUGAGAAUGGAAGUGUAGAUCUUGAUUUUAACACUUCAGAAGGGCUUCAGUCUUCAGAAUCCACCGGUAAUUUUAAAGAAGUGAAGAGCAUCGACAAUUUCACCAUUCUUGUGAAUGAUUCAGCUAUUGAUUUGGAGCUCUCUGAUCGCCAUAGGACUAAAUACUAUGAGCUCUGCUGCUCUCAAAAUUCCUUUUUGCAUAACCAUCUUCUGAAGAGCAUUAACUGUAAAUUGGCUGCUGAAAUAAUUACCCAGACUGUUAAUAUUGCAGAGGCCAUUAGAGCUUGUAGCCUUUUCACAUCUCGAGCUGAUUAUGAGGUUUGGGACAAAACCUUAAAGGGCUUUGAGUUAUUGGGCAUGCAUGUUGCAUUUUUACGUGCUAGGUUGAACCGGUUGAUGAGCCUCACACUGGAAUUUGAAGAGUCUAAGGACUCAAAGAGGCUCAAAGAAGUAACCCUUGAGAAAUCCUGCACCGAAGAGGAGAUGCGAGCUCUUGAAACGAAGCUUUUGACAUUGAAAGGGACAAUGGGAAGAUACAAUUACGAGGUAGAGUCUUUGCGGGCAAAAGCUGAGAGGCAUGCACGUAAAUUCCAGGAGGAAGCGAAUGCUCAGUGGUGAUUAUACCAUUGCUGUUGUUGUUUGGAUUUUCAAUGUUAUUACAUGAUGAGAGCAUAGGGAGGCAGCUAGGAUUUCAGGGUCAGAGAGAGCUCAUUAGGUUUUUUUCUAUAUUUGCAGAUUAAAAUUCUGUGUGAAUGCUGCAAUUUACAUGGUUUAUAAGAGUUAGCCAUGUGAGAGCUCAAACAAUAAUGUAAAAUUUUGUAAGCUGAUAAUGUUGUAGCAGUAAUCUCUAGUCUCCUUUCUCUAA